AUGAGUUGUGCAUCUCAAAGUCGCGAGCGUGACGGAGCCGACGGCACUGAGAAGAGAUCGUUGGAGGAGCGCCUCGAAGGGCUAGAAAAUUUAAUGACGGAAUUUCUACGCCGAUCGAAAUCACGCGCGCCAUCAUACGCGUCGCGACGGCGGGAAUCACGUGCACGGUCGCGAAGCGCGAAACGGAGGACGUCUCGGGACAGCCGUCGACGAUCGCGAAGUUCGCGAAGACACGAAUCGAAAUCGCGAAGCCCGCGAAGCCGCGAAACGAGGUCGCGCAGUCCGCGAGCAGUGGAGUCAAGGCCACGAAGUGUACGUGAAACAACCCGCCAGGAACGAACGGAGGAAAGUCUGGUGACGAGAAGCACUGCGUCGAGCAGGAGGUCGCCGAUACACGCGCGUCCCGGUGACGAGAACCUCAUCCCAGUUUACGAUCCCUUGAAGGAAGAUUUAUCAAUUGAAAACUGGGUGAGGCAUGUUGAUGAUCUGGCGCACCGCUUCGACUGGGACGAUCGAAGUGUAAUGCGGUUGAUCGCAACCAGGCUGCGAGGGCACGCUCGACAGUGGUACGAUACCCGCAUGCGAGUGGUUACCACCUGGGCCGCGAUUAAAGUGCAUUUGGUGGCACAAUUUCGAAGGGCCAUGCCUUUCUCAAAGCUGUUGCGCGAAGCCGACUUGUACGAGGCAAAACCGGGGCAAUCGCUGGGAGACUACUGCUUCCAGAAAAUUAAUCUCAUUCGACGCCUGGAUGUCGCGCUGAAUGACGAGAAGAUUGUCGACAUGGUAAUUUAUGGGAUACCAGACGAAAUCAUAGCCCGAACCAUAAGAUCAGCAAAGCACGCCGAUCCAAAGGAGCUGUACGCGGCUAUGCGCGCAAUGGGCGAUAUGCCAGGAAAAGAGGAGAAGAAAGCGAAGCAGGAUCGAGCAACAAAUCGACAGGCGUCGCAGAAGGCGACGGAAAGCGUUCCUGCAAAAACGAGGGCAGUUACCUGCUUUAAUUGUGGGAAAAUGGGCCACGUAGCAAAGGAUUGCCGAAAACCAAAGGUGGAGUGCAGCCUUUGUAAACGGUUGGGUCAUAAAAAGGAAGAGUGUCGGCAGAAAGAGGUAAAUAUUGUACAAAAUAUCGCAAGUACUCCUAAUAUUUAUCAAAUUUAUGUUCGCAUUAAUGGGCAUAAAGUAGAAAGUUUAGUGGACACGGGAAGUGCAUGCACUGUAGUCCAUUCGUCCGUUAUCAAGAAGUUUCUGAUAAAAUCAGAACCGACACCAGAAACAGUAUUUAGAGGAUUUGCCGGACAAUCAGUAGUAAUUGAUCAAAUUGCUCCAAUUACGGUGAAGGUCCAAAAUGUAAUUGCGAAUGUAAAUUCAUUUGUUAUUCCCGACGAGUAUACAGCGCAUGAGGUAAUACUUGGAAGAGACUUUCUUCAACAAGAUCAUGUCAUAAUGUUAAAACGGGGAAAGCAUUUGACGUUUAACAAUGUGAGAAAUUGCAAGAAACCCCAGAUAAUUUCAGCGAUGGAUAUUUUUGUUAUGGAAACGAGUUUUAAUUUAAAUUUGGGUAACAUCGGGAAAAAAGGACGAAAAUUAUGCGUCGCGUUAAUUGAAGAAUUCCGCGAUUGCGUAUCGUCGUCGAUGAGGGAUCUCGGAAAAACGAAUACGACGGCGAUAGAGAUCAAAUGCUUUACGGAAGAACCGAUUGCAUAUCAUCCAUACCGUCUUGCAGAACCGGAGAAGAAAAUCGUUCGCGACAUGAUUACAGACCUGCUAGAAAACGAGAUAAUUAGGGAAUCGGAGUCACCGUAUGCAAGUCCGAUUACGUUAGUGAAGAAGAAAAGACGUCAGAAUGUGCGUAGAUUAUCGUAG